CUCCCAAAGUAAAACGCACAGGCAAAAACCAUAGGGAGAGAGACACACAGAGGUAAAAACGACAAUAAAUCAAUUGCAAGGAAGAACAAGGGUGAGAGGUGAACGGAGAGUAAAUAAGGGGCCGACCCUCCUGAUCGUCUGAUAACUGCCGGGCGGGGAUGAUGUCCGAAAGCGAGGAGCACGGCUCGCUCCUGGAAAAGAUCAACGACAAGAUCCAUGAGUACAAGGACAAGGGCUCGUCAUCCUCCUCGGACUCCGACGACGACAAGAAGAAGCCUCACAAGUCCAAGAAGAAGAAGCUGUUCGGCAGGAAGCACCCGCUGCACCAUGUCCUAGGCGGGGGCAAAGCUGCUGAUCUUGUUCUGUGGAGGGACAAGCAGACGUCCGGGAGCAUUCUGGCAGGGGUGACGGUGUUCUGGUUGCUGUUCGAGGCCAUCGGUUACCACCUCCUCACCUUCCUGUGCCACUCCCUCAUCCUCUUCCUCACCGUCUGCUUCGUCUGGUCCAACACUGCAUCCUUCAUCAACAGGUCUCCUCCCAAGUUCCCAGACGCCAUUUUAUCUGAAGUCCAAUGCCUGAGGAUAGCUCAUGUUCUCAGGAAAGAAAUCAAUGAGGCUUUCCUAACCUUGAGCAAUGUUGCUUCAGGAAAAGAUCUGAAAACAUAUCUGAAGUCAAUUGGGGUCCUCUGGUUCAUUUCUUUAAUUGGGAGCUGCUUCACCUUCCUGACUCUGUCUUACACUAUUUUCCUGAUGGCAUACACCCUCCCUAUGCUCUAUGAGAAAUACGAAGAGCAAGUCGAUAUUGUGGGCGAGAAGGCCCUGAUCGAGAUCAAGAAGCAAUACGCAGUGCUCGAUGAGAAGGUUCUGUCGAAGAUCCCAAUGUUAUCUGACAAUAAACAGCACUGAAUUCUGAUGCUCUGAAGCAUCAGACCCUCUACAUUUUUGACUGUCUCUUUUGGUUUUCUCUGCUGCCAUCAUCUACCAAUAUCUGAGAUUGCAUUAUAGGUAUCAUGUCGAUUCUUAAGCGUCGGGAAAUUGUUUUGUCCGAGCCCUAGAACAGAACGCUGUCGAUGGUCACACGGAGUAGUAUCCUCUGCUUGUCAGUUUGAAUAUCAUUGUCUGGUCACGAGAUACAUAUGUGAGACUAAUUUCUAUAACUAUUUUCCUAUAUGUAUGCACUAUUUGAUACUUUCUGGUACUGAA